AUGUAUGAAAUAUCAGGAGUAGUGACAAAUGAGGAAGAAGAAAAAUACGGAUCAGUGAAUUUGUUUAUAAAUGGUCAUAAGGUUCGAGAUAUUAUAAAUGAAUGGCGUAAGACAUCAAAGCAUUCAAUUGAAUCACACAAACAAGACCUAUUAAAUUAUAAUAUAAUCGAUACCAUUAAGACCUCUCCAACCGAAUCCAGAUUAUUAUUUAAAGAUAACUGGGAUUCCAUAGUAAACACAAUCGAAGAUAUUUUAUCAACACCCCCAGUAAAUGACCAAUCACAUAUAAAAGAUUAUAUGAUAUCACUGUUAGGAAACACAAUUGAGCUGAAGGCGCUUGGUAAUAUUAUUAGAAAAGAGAAAGCAAAUAUACAUACAGAUGAACAAUGGAAAAAAAAGCCUUUGAAGUUGGUAGAAAUAAUUAAAGGACAAUUGAAGGACCAACGAUUGAGGUCUGGAAAAGAUGAAACAGAAUAUCAUUAUACAAUAAAUUACAUUUCAGAUAUUUUCAAUACUCUUUUUAAAAACGAUCUAAGAGCUAAACUAUUAGAUUUUAGAUGGUAA